AUGCUUAUUAAUUUUUCUCUAAUUAAGGUUUUCAAUUCUUCAUAUCUCCGCUCCGCUCCGCUCCUCGGCUUCUCCAGCUUUGAUCGAAUCCGCAGACGAAGUCAGAGAGAGAGAGAGAUAGAGAAAUGGCUAUGGCUAUGGGUCGAGCAAUGUCCCGCUUACCCGGAGAAGUUCUACGCCGCCGCAUCUUACAUCGCUCUCGAAGGUUUUGAUUCGUCGACCAAUGAUACUGCACUAAUUCUCUACAAGCUACUGUUGGACCAUAGCAAAUGGAAAAGGCUACUGUUGGACCUUGUAUAUGGAGCAAAGCAAAUGAAAAAAGGAAGAAUCUUUGUGGUAGAUAUAAUUAGGAGAUGCCUUUGCAGUUACUCUCUGAGUCUUCCAUAUUUCUUUUCGUCAAACCCUAUCUAGAGAGUUUAGUUUACCACCAGUAGUGAAUUGGCCAAGAAGGAGGAUUAUGCAAAUAAAGUUUGUGCCUACUCUACUUCGGUUUGGGAAACUUUUGCAACAAGGUUCUGGCCUUCUCCUCCUCCUGGACUUCUAUCCAUAUCUUCUUGGAUUUUGCAGGCUAGGACUCCACCUUUUUCAAGCAGCACCAUUAUCGUCAAGCUCAUCUUGCAAGCGGCUUGCUAUCUCAUCUGGCGAGAGCGCAAUGCUCGGAUCUUCAACAAUAUCUCUUCCACGCCAUCCACAUCUCAGGCCUCCCUCGACCGUUCGUUAAGGGAUCGCCUUCUCUCCUUCCCUGCCUCUUCUUCUUCUUCUCCUUCUCUUCUAGCUAUUUAUUUUGGUUGUAUUAGCUUUCCUUUCUAGCUUCUUCUUUUAGUUGUUUGUGUUUUGUACAGAAACAAAAAAGAAAAUUGGUAUAAAUUUAACCUUUUACCAAAAAAAAAAAUGGUCAUGAGCAAUAUAAUGCAGUAGAUAUAUAGUACUUUUUUCUUCUAAUGUUAUGAGACUGAAGGGAAAUGUUGUUAAAUACAACUUCUGUUCUCUCGUAACACAGAAAAUGCGACCCCAAAUGCCAUUUUUUGAACUCGUAAUCUCCUUCGACUGCAUGUGUUUAUGUUUUCUUUUCU